AUGAUCAUAAUCGAUAUUUACAUCUUGAAUUUUGUUUACUUCUACACUUUAUCCAUCCAAAGUAUCAGCUCAACGAAAAUUUAUAAACUCGAACAACAAUUCGGAUCAACAAUAGUAUUACCACCAUGUCUUCCUCCAACGCCGUCAUCUGUUGAUAUAGAAACAACAAUUCUAUUCAAAUCGAACUCAGGUGAAUUGCUAACUUUGAAUGGAGUACUAAUCUCUGACAAUCCACGUUUGACGAUAAACAAUCGAUCUUCGACUAAAUUAAUUAUUGAAGAUAUUGAUUUAUCGGACCAGGGAGAAUAUGAAUGUCGAACGAAUGAAAUCAUUAUUUAUUUAUUUCAUUUAAUGGUUGUUAAAACAUCCUUCAUUCAAUUAACAGCAGUCGAAGGUUCUAAUGUUACAUUACGAUGUGUUGAAAACGGUAUGUGGAUUAUUGAAGAGAGUCCACGAGGUGGAACUGUUCGUACACAAUAUACAUCGGAGUUAAUUCUAAAUAAUAUUCAACGAGAUGAUCGACGUUUCCAAAAAAUUCUUUGUUCUACAUUGGAUGGACAUGAAAAACGAGAAUAUAUUAUUGAUGUGAUGUAUAAACCAACUGUCAAACUAACGAUGUCGGUCCGAGAGAAAUUGAUGUGUAUAGUAUGCGCCCAUCCGCUGCCCUAUCGUAUCCAAUGGUUGCGAAAUGCGCGAAAAGAACGCGAUGAAAUUGUUCAUCAGGCAAAUAUCAAUCAAUCAUGCAUUGUUCAAGAGUAUACUUCGAUCUCGAGACUAACGUCUAAUCGGGAAGAAGUUAUUGAAUGUGAAGCGGAGAAUAUCUAUGGUAGUGAUCGAGAUAUUAUACGAAUAGGCGAAUCUCAUCUCAUUCUUAUUCGUCCUGUUUCCUUUGACUUAACUCAAAACACAAUGUCUCCACCGUCUGUUCGUCAACCUGGCGAUGUAGUCAAUGAAGUCUACUCGGAAAAUAUCAAAUCCAUUAUUCAAACAUGUCUUGACGCGGGCGACGACCCAAAUUCGCUGAUUGAACAAGCGAAACGUGAACUACAUAAAAUGGUAACUGAAAUGAUGGCAGAAGAUGAUGCUCUACUUGAACGUAAACGAGCCGAACUAGCGCCCAUUCGUGUACGUUAUGAAGCACUCUAUCAUGAAUUACAUCCGGAUAAAACCUGUCCGCAAUAUGGAAAUACAUUACCUGUUCUUCAGGCGUUACGGACAUACAUUGAUGAACAUAAAAAGCUGAAAGAAGAACACGAAAAACUACUUGAACGCGAACCGGAUAUUCGUCAAGAAGAAAGACAAUUAUGUAAUGAAUUGAACGAACGUUCAUUACAGAUUGACAAUCAAACUUUUCUGUCGAAACAACUAGUCGCACAAAUGAGUCUUUUAUCUGAACAUAUUGCGAAGUUACGUGAGGAAAGAACAAAACGUAUUGAUCAUUUAUCGGAAAUCAUUCGUAUGUUACAUGAAUUCGAAGAAGUUUAUGGAUGGAAGCGACCACUUGCUGAUACGAUGGUUGGCCGAUUAUUAGCCCUCGGACCAAUUGAAGUCGAUAAAUUUACGUUGACCAAAGAAGCUAUUGAGCUUGUGGACAAAGAAUUUGCUCAGAUCAACGAAAAAAUACAAAAAGCAGAAGCUUGUUUUGAACAAUCACAUAAACAAUUGACAGCAUUAAUGCGUAAACAUCAAUCGUUAAUUCCCAAUAGUAAAGCAUUAGCUGCUACCAAAGUCAAACAUUGUCGAAUGUCCAAAUUACCUGACUUAGUUGCAGAAGUUGAUCGAUACACUGAACAUGCUUUAGAUAAACUAACCAAAGAUAUAAUCAAAGCACGUGAACAAAUUCAUGUCAUAUUGAACAAACUCUCCGUUGGUGACGUGUCGAAUGAUUCGAAAUAUGCGAUUUUAUAUACGAAUGAUUUUACAGAAGAUAUCUAUUUCAUGCACGAAGAACUUUUGCAGGAACUUGAAGCACAAUACGAAGUGAAUAAGACAAUGUAUGAACAAAUUGAAGUGUGGAAUGAACUGUUUCUUGAAUUUCAAGAAUUCGAAAAAAAUGCAAGCGACCCUCAGCGUUUCCAUCGUCGUGGUUAUAGUGCAUUAGCAGAAGAAAAAACUCGUCGAAAAUUAGAGGCGACUUUACGCGAGUGUGAAUCUCGUCUCGAAAAUCUUGCUGAAGAUUACAUGAAGAAAAAUAAUGGACAAGUAUUCAUUAUGAAUGCUAAUGGAAAAGAAAUUCCUGAGUAUAUUCGACAACGAAAAGAAGAUUACGCAAAAUCAAAAGAACGUGAACGAGAAGCAGCGAAGACACCGGCUUCGAAGAAAAAAGCUCGUACAGACACUAUAGUACGCGCUCGCCCUGCUCCUCUGCAAUCUGUACCUGGUGGCGAUGAUAAUACUAACAUUAGUGAUGAUAAUCAAUGUGCUACAACUCUUUGUGCAGCACCCAAAGGUACAUUAGUUGGCCGGACCCCAUUGAAGACAAAGCAAUUUCCAAGUAACACGUCAAGUGCUAUAUCGAAACGCACUGAAUCGACGGCGAAUCUUCGAACUCCAUUAACAACGGCUCGCCGUGCUGGAAUGCCACAACUACCAACAGGUAAAACCCCUCUACACAAUUCAACAAUGCAACUUCGAACGACGAAACGCACGAACAUCGAUACAACAUCAUCAACGAUCGUUACACCUGCUAAGCAACGUCGUUUAAUCAAUCAAAUGCACGAAACAAUGAAAAUUCCAAAUACAACGGAGAACAUGUCCUCGCAUAGCAUUUUAACCACUACUUUGAAAACAUCGACCAUAGCAACACCGGGAAAACGUGAAAUACCUAAACGAGCAAUUCCAACACCGAUUCGUACGCACAAAGCAAAAUAA